UGAAUAUCACAAAAAUAAACAGGUCAAAUACCGUAAAAUUUUGUGAUAUAUGUCAAAAAAAUAAUAUGUCGAUUCAGAAAAAAGAAAAAAAUAAAAAGUCAAAUACCGUAAAAUUACAAGUCAAGCCGAAUACAAAAAUAAAAAUAUGAGUAGCAAAUAAUAUGAAGUAAACUUAAUUCAAAUAUGAAUAGGAAAAACUAAAUAUUUGGAAACAUGUGAAAACAAUAAGUUAAAAAUUAAUAAUAUAAUUGAAGAAUAAAAAAAUAAAAAUAAUUGUUAAGCUUUUCUCUCGGUGCUUUCGCGUCAUCGUUUUUUAUAUUUGUUUUGCCAAGUUUAUUCAUGUGAUUUUGAACAUAUAUGUGAGCAAUUUCAAAGUGAUGUGAUUCCAAUCCAAAUUAUACAUAAGAAAAGUCAUCUAACGUGGAUUUCACUGCAUAAUUUGAGUGGCUAUCAGCCACACUUUUCUAGAAGCCUGAAUGCAAAGACUUCAUUUAGCUCUGACUUCUUCCAAGUCAAUUUGUGCUUCACUAUGGAAAACCACAUCUAUCUUUAUCAAUACCAAUCUCCUCUCUCACAUUUCCUAAAUCAAAAUCCAUUCUUUCAAAAAAGGUUUCAUGAUGAACAUGUCUGAAUCGCUUUGGCGUUUGAAUUUUCUCUCGCUACUCUUACUCUGUUGUGUCUCCCCUUCAAGCUCCUUCACUUUUAAUAACCCUGUAGUUGGUCAAGGUGCUUGUGGUCUCCAUCAGAUUCAAGCCUUUACACAGUUCAAGAACGAGUUUGAUACUCGUGCUUGCAACCAUAGUGACUCCUUGAAUGGGGUGUGGUGCGAUAACUCCACGGGCGCGAUCACGAAGCUACGACUCAGGGCCUGUCUCAGUGGAACUCUGAAAUCUAACAGUAGCCUCUUCCAGUUUCAUCAGCUCCGUUACCUUUAUCUCUCUUACAACAACUUCACCCCCUCUUCAAUCCCUUCCAAGUUUGGAAUGCUCAACAAAUUAGAGGUUUUAUUCAUUUCCAGUGGUGGCUUCCUAGGCCAAGUUCCUUCCUCAUUUAGUAACUUAAGCAUGCUUUCUGCUUUGCUCCUUCACGAUAACGAGCUCACUGGUAGUUUAUCAUUUGUGCGGAAUCUACGCAAACUCACAGUUUUAGAUGUUUCUCAUAAUCACUUCUCUGGAACUCUAGAUCCCAACAGUAGCCUCUUUGAGUUGCACCACCUCACUUACCUUGAUCUCGGUUUCAACAACUUCACCUCCUCUUCACUCCCUUAUGAAUUUGGCAAUCUCAACAAACUAGAGGCCUUGUUUCUUAGCUCUAAUAGCUUCUAUGGUCAAGUUCCUCCCACAAUUAGUAACCUAACCCAGUUAACCGAGUUGAAGCUUCUCUCGAACGACUUCACUGGUAGUCUCCCACUUGUACAAAAUCUAACCAAGCUCUCCAUUCUAGAACUUUCUGAUAAUCACUUCUCUGGAACCAUCCCUUCUUCUUUCUUCACUAUGCCUUUCUUAUCCGAUCUUGAUUUAGCUGGAAACAAUCUCAACGGUUCAUUUGAAGCUCCUAACUCCUCCUCCUCAUCAAGGCUAGAGCAUUUGUACCUAGGUAAAAACCAAUUUGAAGGAAACAUCUUAGAGCCUAUCUCAAAGUUCAUCAACCUCAAAGAGCUUGACAUUUCUUACCUAAACACAAGCUACCCAAUUGACUUAAGUCUCUUCUCCUCUCUCAAAUCUUUGUUGCUCCUCGAUCUUUCCGGUGAUUGGAUAUCUCAGGCUAGUUUAAGUUCGGAUUCAUACAUCCCAUCGACCCUGGAAGCGUUGGUUUUGAGAGACUGCAACAUCAGUGAUUUCCCAAACAUCUUAAAGACCCUUCAGAAUUUGGAGUUUAUUGAGGUAUCCAACAAUACAAUCAGUGGGAAUCCAAAGUGGUUAUGGAGCCUUCCCCGUCUAAGCUCAGUGUUCAUUGGAGAGAAUGUGUUAACUGGCUUCGAAGGUUCAUCAGAAGUAUUAGUAAAUUCAUCGGUGCAGAUCUUAAAUUUGGAUUCAAAUAGUUUAGGAGGAGCACUUCCGCAUCUACCGCUUUCUAUCAGCUACUUCUCUGCAAAAAACAAUGGAUUCAGAGGCGACAUACCUCUUUCAAUCUGCAACAGAAGCUCGCUUGAUCUCCUUAAUCUAAGCUACAACAACUUCACCGGUCCAAUUCCCCCAUGUCUGAGUAACUUCUUGAUUUUGAAUCUCCGGAAGAACAGCUUGGUAGGAAGUAUUCCAGACAAUUACUAUGCCACAACACCCCUACGGUCACUCGACGUUGGCUACAAUCGAUUAACGGGAAAGCUUCCAAGGUCUCUUCUAAAUUGCUCAGCUCUACAGUUACUAAGUGUGGACCACAACGGAAUCAAAGAUACAUUUCCUUUCUCCCUUAAGGCUUUACCGAAAUUGCAAGUCCUUAUCCUCCGUUCAAACAAAUUUUAUGGUCCUAUAUCUCCUCCUAAUCAAGGUCCUCUGGGAUUUCCUGAGCUUCGGAUACUUGAGAUAGCUGGUAAUAAACUAACUGGAAGCUUGCCCCCAGAUUUGUUUGUGAAUUGGAAAGCAUCAUCACGCACGAUGAAUGAAGAUCUGGGUCUAUAUAUGGUAUAUGACAAGGUUGUUUACGGGAUCUAUUACCUCACCUAUCUGGAAGCUAUAGAUUUACAAUAUAAAGGUCUAUCUAUGGAGCAAAAGAGGGUCGUUACUUCCUCAGCCACCAUUGAUUUUUCUGGAAAUAGACUUGAAGGAGAAAUUCCUGAAUCUAUCGGUCUCUUAAAGGCACUGAUCGCACUCAACUUAUCGAACAACGCCUUCACAGGCUAUAUUCCUCUAUCUUUGGCCAAUCUUGUGAAGCUCGAGUCACUAGACCUAUCAAGUAACCAACUAUCGGGGACUAUUCCUAAUGGCCUGAGGACUCUCUCGUUUUUGGCGUACAUGAACGUGUCUCACAACCAACUCACUGGUGAAAUACCACAAGGAACACAAAUAACUGGGCAACCUAAAUCGUCCUUUGAAGAAAAUGCAGGGCUUUGUGGUUUUCCUCUUCAAGAUUGCUUUGGGACUAACGCGCCACCAGCGCAGCAGCCAAAAGAAGAAGAAGAAGAAGAUGAGCAAGUGUUAAACUGGAAAUCAGUGGCAAUAGGGUAUGGGCUUGGAGUGUUACUUGGAUUGGCAAUAGCACAACUCAUUGCUUCAUACAAACCGGAGUGGCUAGUUUGUCUGUUUAAGAGCAGAAUCCGUUAAGAUCUUCUUUGGUUUUGAGUUUCAACCUUCGAUGUUUGGUAAGUUGUUGUUGGUAUUGUAUUGAAGCAUUUCCUUACGUUUGUUGUAUCUUUAUCUGAUGUUUUUGUUCUAUAAAGUAAGAAUGGUGAAUUCUACGUA